GCUGCCUACACGGUGAGCUAGUGUUUGCUCUCCACUGUUUCUUAAGUUACAAACUAGAAAUCAGGGAUGACAAUUACUAGUGGGCAUUGAGGCAUAUCAAGAUGGAGGUUUUGCGUGCCGCGUGGCUAAUGACGAGAAGGAUUACGGUCCGACAACAAAAAAUAUGCCGAACCUUUGCCACAGUAUUGUCGUGUAAACAGGUCGUGCAUCAAAACAUACACGAGCGGUAUCUCUCCCGGCUCAAAUUGGUCGGGAUAACUCAUUGCAGAUAUUCAUCGGAACCACAGAUCAAAAACUGCACUGCACUUAUGUAUAGAAAUCAUGGAGACCCCUCCCAAGUCGUUCAGUUGGAGACUACGCCACUGCCCUCCGUUGGCCCGCAGAGUGUACUGGUGAAAAUGUUGGCCGCACCUAUAAACCCUUCUGAUAUUAACAUGGUUCAAGGAACAUAUGCCAUUCUACCUGACCUUCCUGCUGUCGGUGGCAAUGAGGGUGUUGGCAAAGUUGUAGAAGUUGGCAGUGAGGUGAGAAGGUUGAAAGUAGGAGACUGGGUGAUACCUAAAGAUGCUGGUUUAGGCACUUGGCGGACAGCAGCAGUGAUAAACGCAGAAGAUUUGAUUGCAGUUCCCAGUGAUAUUCCCUUACUGGCAGCAGCCACUCUAGGAGUCAACCCCUGCACCGCAUUUAGAAUGCUCUCUGACUUUGAAGACUUAAAGUCAGGAGACUCGGUGAUACAGAACGCAGCCAACAGUGGUGUUGGGCAGGCUGUCAUCCAGAUAACAGCCGCCAAGGGAAUUCAUUCCAUUAACGUGGUCAGAGACAGACCUGACUUCCAGCAACUGUCAGACAGGCUGAAGGCAAUGGGGGCCACUCACGUCAUCAAAGAGGAGAUGCUGAGACGUCCCGAGAUGAAGGAACUCUUUAAAACAUGUGCUCGACCUAAACUGGCAUUAAACGGGGUUGGAGGGAAAAGUGCUACAGAGCUGCUACGUCAUUUACAGAAAGGGGGGACCAUGGUGACCUAUGGAGGAAUGGCCAAGCAGCCCGUCACUGUGCCAGUGAGUGCUCUCAUUUUUAAGGAUGUUAAGGUGCAAGGUUUUUGGGUUACUCAGUGGAAAAAAACCCACAGUCACAAUGAGGCUCUAUUUCGGGGUAUGCUGGAUGAGCUGUGCGGCUUAAUUCAGGCAGGAAAGCUGUCAGCACCAGCCUGCACCCAAGUUGGCCUUUCAGACUUCCAGAAAGCGCUGGACAGUGCUAUGCAGCCAUACAUUUCCACCAAACAAGUCUUUGUAAUGUGAUUGCGUUACAGUCCAAUAAAAUGAUUUUAUAUUGUC